AGCUAUUCCCGCUGUGUAUUUUUUUUUUCUCUACAGUCAAAAGUUGCAUAACUCCAGUAGUUUAUAUUUUUAGUCUAGAGGACAAAGCUAACUCAGCUGAACUUCAUGGAGGGAAAAAAAGGAAAACGCUUGCAGCUGUCUAGAUAAUUAGGUUUCCCGUUCUAGGACAGAACUUGCAGAACAGGUUCAAGUUAUUACAUUUGUUGUUGUUAGGACGGUUUUACCUCCUGCACAAGUUUCUUUGGGUAGCUUACCGUAACUACAUUUUAUUUUUAAGUAAUUAUGUGGCUUCAAUAGGUUUCUGAAGACAAACAGUUGCAUGUUUAAAACGCUGUGUUAAUGGUCAGAGAAAGGAUUGUGGUCUCAGACAACAGCACUGUGUGUGUACGGAAAGCAGGAGGCAGAAAUGGUGAUCACUAUCGAGCAGGGGUACUAUGAGCCCGAGGACGCAAAGCGCCUUUCCUGCAAGAAAGAAACCAAGACGGUCUCGUUUGUCUCUGAGAACGAGCAUGGAACAGGUGAAAAGACUCCAAAACAACCUUUUGCUCCACAAAUACGGAUUGACGCAGAUUUAGUAGACGGCAAACAAACGUAUCUGCCAAGUUCAAAAUCCUGUGAUACCCCUUCAACCUUCAACAUGAAGAACGAGCAGAAGCUUGAAAGGAAAAAAUCCUCCACCAACCAAUUUUCAAAGACAAAUGCACACUUUCACAAGCUGUUUAAGGAUGUUCCAAAGGAUGAACAAUUAAAAGAAAGUUUUACAUGCGCCUUACAGAAAGAUCUUCUAUAUCAAGGAAAAUUAUAUAUUUCAGAGAACUGGAUUGGCUUUAAUUCAAAGGUUUUUGGAAAAGACACAAGGCUUCUUAUUCCUGUGCUUGCUGUAACGUUAAUCAAAAAAGCAAAAACUGCUAUUCUGGUGCCAAACGCUUUACUAAUUGCUACAGUCACUGACCGGUACAUUUUUGUUUCAUUAUUGUCCCGGGACACCACUUACAAACUAUUAAAGUCUGUCUGCAGCCAUCUAGAUAAUGCAAGCAACAAUAACAGCCCUAAUCCGUCAUCAGUUGAGCGCAGUUUCCUUGCGGAUCAAUCAAGAGUAUUGCCAAUUGAUUUAGACUUCAAUGAACUCGAUGGCUUAGUACGACAUCGGCGAAAGGAGCUGGAGGAAUCUAGCAGCACUGGGUCCUACACACCAGAAUCGGAAGUGCCCCAAGAAUUUCCAGUUCAAGAUCUGAAUAGCCUAGUAACUACUCAACUAGCACCUUACAAGGCUGCCAGUCACAAGUUGGCUCAACACAGAAAUGGACAUAUGAAAUUUCUCCAGAACCUGGGCUUUGGGAAGAUGGUUUCUUUGAAUGGCUUGCUCCUUUUCUAUGCAAUUCUUGUGUGCCUGCUCCUAUUUUCAACAUUCUACAUGCAGUCUAGAAUUGGAUAUCUGGAAGAGAGACUCUCCUCCAUCAGCCCAUUUAAGGACCGUUCCUUUAAGGACUUGACAUUAGACCCAGGUCUGGGAAACUGGCAUAUUAAUGCAAAUGCAAUUUGUGAUGAAUUGACCGCCAACCUGGCAAAACUAGACAAGAUUCAAAGAAAUCUUCAACGUCUUCUGGAAGAUACAAAUUAAUUGAAUUAGGAAAUGAAGAAUCUAGUGAAUUAUUUUUCACUUCCAUGAUGGCCUCUGCUGGACAGAGUUUACUCUUCUUCUAAAGCUUAAUGCACCGAAGUCAGGUCUUCCACCUCAGGAAUGUUUGCAAUUACUACCGUGAUGCUGGCAAAUUUAUUUUUGUAUACAUUGCUUCUAUUUCAAAUGAGGAUAUUCUGCAUUUCACUGUGAAAAUAAGUACUUACAAAUAUUUUGCACAUAUUUCAAGAAUAAUUUAUAAGGAAACACUCCAUUUUAUAUAUUUUAUUUAUCUUCAUGUAUCGUAUGCCUGUAUUGAAAUGUGAUAUCUUGAUAGAAAAAAAAUUUCCUACAUGUUUUUACUGUACAUUUAAAGGGACAGUUAAGUGAAAAUUAAACAUUGGUGACCAAUUUUCUUCUUAUCAAAUUUGCUUUGUUGUCUUGGAAUUAUUUGUUGCUUAGGAGUGUGCAUGUGCCUUUAGUAUUCUAUAGUAGCAGUUUUUGCAACUAUGUAUAACAUUGUUGUAAACCUUGUUGUAAACACUGCUGCCAGAUGGGUAAAGACAUGUGCACGCUCCUGAGCUCACCUAGGAUUGAUCUUUAACAAAGGAUACCAAGAGAACAAAGUCAUAUUUAUAAUAAGUCAAUUAAAAUGUUUAAAAUGCCAUGCUCUAUCCAAUCUAUUUAAAGGGACACUAAACCCAAAUUUUUACUUUCAUGAUUCAGAUAAAACAUGCAAUUUUAAGCAACUUUCUAAUUUUCUCCUAUUAUCAAUUUGUCUUUGUUCUCUCACUAUCUUUAUUUCAAAAUCACAAAUGUGCUGCAUAGAAGCCGGCCCAUUUUUGGUUGAGAACCUGAGUUAUGCUUGCUUAUUGGUGGGUAAAUGUCAGCCUCCAAUAGCAAGCGCUAUCCAUGGUGCUGAACCUAAAAUGGAUAAUAGGAGUAAAUAAGAAAAAUUGAUAAUAGGAGUAAAUAAGAAAGUUGCUUAAAAUUCCAUGCUCUAUCUGAAUCAUGAAAGAAAACAUAUGGGUUCAGUGUCCCUUUAAGUUUAAUUUUGACUUUACGGUCACUUCACAGCUGCAACAUAAUUUUACUUUUACAUAACUGCAAAAAUGGAUUUUGUAUACGGUAAGAAUAGUUGCCUAUCUAGUGUAACUUAAAUGAGCAUUAUUUGUAGCAGACUGCUGUUUGCAAACAGCCAGAAGUUGAGGAAAUAUUGACCUAUACUCCAUAAUGUAGUUAAUGUAACAAUUAAAUAUGUCUGUUUGAAACCAGAGCUCAUUCAACUAACCAGUUAGACUUGUUUACGUUACAUUUUAUUGUAUGGUGAUGUAGCUUUUAGUUUGAAAAUGCAACAUUUCAUUACAUCUGCCUAGGUCCGUUCUUGAUUAUUUCAUUUUUUUUUUUUUUUUUUGUAACUUUAUUUAUACAGUAUAAAAAUACUGAUCACAUUGACAUUUUCACCCUGUAUAGUCUGCAUUGUGUAUUUUGUACACUUGCUUAAAACUUGCACAAUGGCAUUGUAAAACAGCCACAGAAUACAGUGUUAUAUUUUGUGGUGUUGAGUUUAAAAAGCAAGAUAUUUUAAAGUUUUUGUUCUUGUCUAAUAAUUUUUGCUUUGCACUUUUUAAGUUUGUUUUUGUUUUAUUUUUUGUAAUCUCAAUUUAUUUUGUAUGCGACCAAAAAAGAAUAUUUUUGAAUUAUUUAUAAAACUCUAAUCUUUUCUGGGAUUAAAUCUAUUUUCUUCAAGUUGGGGUUAGUUGUAAAAAAGAAAAUGGAUAUAUUACAGGCUAAAUUGGUUCAGAAUAAAUUUUGCUUAAAAGGGGUACACUUUAUACAUUUCUGUGAAAUGUUUUUUUCAUACUGUUAAUAUGUUCAAUAAAACUUUAUUUAUGCUGUCAAA